AUGCCGUGUGAAAUGAUAACUCUUCAACUUGGCCAAUGCGGCAAUCAAAUCGGCUUUGAGUUUUGGAAGAGAUUAUGCGCCGAGCACGGAAUAAGUCCCGAAGGAAUACUCGAGGAAUUUGCAACUGAAGGUACUGACAGAAAAGACGUUUUUUUCUAUCAGUCAGAUGAUGAACAUUAUAUUCCUCGAGCGGUAUUGCUUGAUCUUGAACCUAGAGUUAUUCAUACAAUUAUGAAUUCCCCGUACUCUAAAUUGUACAAUCCAGAGAAUAUUUAUUUAUCAAAGCACGGUGGAGGUGCUGAGUCAUUGGCUGAUCGAUUUCCAAAAAAGUUGAUUGAAACCUACAGUGUGUUUCCCAAUCAAGAUGAAAUAAGUGAUGUCGUAGUUCAACCUUACAAUUCUCUGCUCACACUAAAAAGAUUAACUCAGUGCGCUGAUUGUGUAGUAGUACUGGACAACACAGCUUUGAAUCGGAUUGCAUCGGACAGACUUCACAUUCAAAACCCCAGUUUCACCCAAAUAAACAAACUGGUGUCAACAAUAAUGUCUGUCAGCACAACUACGUUGAGAUACCCAUCAUACAUGAAUAACGACCUGGUCGGUUUGAUCGCACCGUUGAUUCCCACACCACGUCUACAUUUCCUGAUGACUGGAUACACACCGCUGACAACCGACCAAGAAGGACAGUCUGUCCGUAAAACCUCAGUACUGGACGUAAUGCGUCGUCUGCUACAGCCAAAGAACAUGAUGGUGUCUACAGCGCUCGACAGAAACGCUUCACACUGCUACAUAUCAAUACUAAACAUCAUCCAAGGUGAAGUUGAUCCCACGCAAGUUCACAAAUCUCUCCAGAGAAUAAGAGAACGUAAAUUGGCCCAGUUUAUACCUUGGGGACCGGCUAGCAUCCAAGUCGCGCUCUCCAGAAAAUCUCCGUACAUCCAAAGCGCUCAUCGCGUCUCCGGUCUCAUGCUCGCCAAUCACACAAAUAUAUCUUCGCUGUUUGAUCGAGCUCUUCAGCAGUACGACAAGCUGCGCAAACGUGAAGCCUUCCUGGAGCAAUUCAAGAAGGAAAAAAUGUUCGAGGAUAAUUUAGACGAGCUAGACAAUUCGCGCGAAGUCGUGGAGUGUCUCGUUAAAGAAUACCAAGCUGCUACGAGACCUGACUACCUCACCUGGAGCCCCAACAAAGCUGAAUAA